CCACAGCAUGGUACAGACCAGUGUCAUGGCUCCCUGAACAAGUAGAUGAGCAAGAGAUACCGUUUUUUGAUGAUGUUAUUAUUAGCUAGCUAGAGGUUUUUGAAAUAUUAAGCGUUUGAUAACACUCUAGUUUUCUCUCUAGUUUUUUUCUCUAGUAUUACUUUAUAUUUUAGAGAGGUAUUGAAACUAGUUUGUCAAAAUGGCAGGGAGUAGCAUGGCACAGAAAACAUGGGAGCUACAAAACAGUAUGCAGGAAGUUCAGAGCAUAGAUGAAAUCUAUAAAUAUGACAAAAAACAACAACAAGAAAUCCUUGCUGCGAAGCCAUGGACAAAGGAGUAAGUAUAUAUUUAUAGAUUGUCAGUUGCUUUUCUUUGCAACUGCUUGCUAGUUCUUUGUUGGACUGAGUUAACGUAGCUUGACCAGCUAGCUGCUAGCUAAAUUAGCUAGCUAGCUAGUUAGCAUGUCAACAAUGAGAAUUCUCCCUACAUUGCAAGCUAGCUAGCUAGUUAGCUGGUAGUGCUAGCUAGCUGAACUGGCAGUAACAAAUGCAUGUCAUUGUUCCCUAUGCAUAAUUCACAUUACUAUGAUUGCUGUCCCGUAGUCAUCAAUACUUUAAGUACUGCAAGAUCUCUGCUCUGGCGCUGCUGAAGAUGGUGAUGCACGCCAGAUCCGGGGGCAACCUGGAGGUGAUGGGGCUGAUGCUGGGGAAAGUGGACGGGGAGACCAUGAACAUCAUGGACAGCUUUGCCUUACCCGUGGAGGGCACAGAGACCCGGGUCAACGCCCAGGCUGCGGCUUAUGAAUACAUGGCUGCCUACAUUGAGAAUGCCAAACAGGUAAUAUGACUGACUCCUGGAAGGGAGGGACAUGUUUUUCGUCCUCAAUGUUGCAGAAAAGGAUUGAUCAAAACAUCUGAUAUUUUAGGGAGAACUGUGUCCAUUGUUUUAUCACAGUGGUAACAUAUUGGACACUAUGUUGGAACUAUCUCUUCAUUGACUUGAUGCUGAUGCCUUGCCAUUUGUGAACUGUCAGGUUGGUCGGCUGGAGAACGCCAUUGGCUGGUACCACAGUCACCCAGGUUACGGCUGCUGGUUGUCAGGUAUCGAUGUCAGCACUCAGAUGCUCAACCAGCAGUUUCAAGAGCCCUUCGUGGCAGUGGUGGUGAGUACAGUAAAAGCUCAACCUCCUGCCCCAACCUCAGCCCAUAGUUCAAUAGCUCAAUACCCGCAAAAUACAAAAUGUUCGAAUUUCCAUUUGCCUUUUAUUAGACUGUUUCCUAAAUACAGUACUUUGGUUUUCUUUUUGCGGGUACAAGGUCAUGCAUGAGUAACUGAGAGGGGUGCAAUCAGGUUUAGGCAUCCCUUUAGUGGUUGUUGAUGUAUGGUAGUAGUUCACCAAGAGGCACGGGCAAAUAUUAGGCUUUUGUAACAGUAGAUGCUAUUUGCACUUGAUUGGAACCGCAGGGCUGCAGUGCCAAGGACAUAGGGUAAUUAAGUGUGUACUUUGACUACACUGGCAGCAGUAGUUAAGAAAAAAACGUCACUCCUGGUGGCCAGCUUGGGGUGAUCUCUAGAGACUGUCUGACCUCGGAAUGCAUUUUCCUGUUCUACUGUAUCUCGUUCCCUCCCAGAUCGACCCCACUCGCACCAUAUCUGCAGGGAAAGUCAAUCUUGGCGCCUUCAGAACAUACCCCAAAGUAAGGAGUAAAAUGUGUUUCUCGCAAUUAUUUCAGUCUUUAGCUCUAUUACAUGUAACAUUAGACAAGUUGGGGAAAAAAUAAAAUAACUCAUAAAUACCUAAUAUAUCAUUUAUUAUACAGUAUUUAUUAUCCAUACAACAUGGAACAUUUAUUUUUAAGAUUUUCUUGUAUCUACUGUAUAAGAAAUAAUAUUGUGAUUAAUUGUCAAUCUUGUGUUAAAUGUCUCCAUUUGAAAAAUGUGUUAUUAGUGGCUAAUUCCUUAAUGGAUAGCUGAGUGUCUCUAUCAGAUUGGGAAAAUAUUUUAAGACUAUUUUAAGAUUUCCUCUCUGUAAAUAUAAAUGUAUCAAUGAGUCUAAAAAUUGUCUGCGUUGUUUUCAGGGUUACAAACCUCCUGAUGAAGGACCCUCUGAGUAUCAGACCAUUCCCUUGAACAAGAUCGAAGACUUCGGUGUGCACUGCAAACAGUGAGUCCUGUUGGACAUUUAAACUGGCAGAAUGUUUAGGCACACAAAUAAUCUUAAGCAUCAUCUUACACAUUUUCUAGGUAAACAUGACAAGUUACUUCAAAUAAAAAAAAAUGUGUUAGGGUUGAUGUGGCCUAUAGCACAAGUUCAAGUCCUUAUGAUGUAAUAAUGCCUUAGUAACACUGUGGUAAAUAAAAGGUAAUAUUUUCUUCAUUUAAGUUACAUUGUGUAAUUAUUCACUAAGUGCCGUGGGGUUUUGUUUGUUUAGGUAUUAUGCCCUGGAGGUGACUUAUUUCAAGUCUUCCCUCGACCGAAAAUUACUGGAGCUCCUCUGGAAUAAAUACUGGGUCAACACUCUGAGCUCUUCAAGUCUUCUGACGGUAAGUGUUUGGAAUAUAACUCUUAAUCAAGCAAUGUUCAAUUUGUAGAACACAACAAUUAGAUAUAUAACAAUUCAAUACGGAAUCAAGGAGCAGCUGAAGUAGAGGUGCAGAUCUUGUAUAUGAAUACAAAUCCCUCUGUUUAUUUAGAUUGUUAUUAAUAGCCAUUUUAUAUGGCCAGUUGGGGGGAUUAUUUGUUUUAUUAUUUUUUGAAGUCCAUUGUACAGAUUUACAAACAUGGGUUAAUUAAUAUGACUGAGGCCACCAUGUUAACCUGCAAACAAAGAAUCCAUGCUUUGGAGAUGUGAUGAUACAGAUGUCGCUGUCGUUCACUGUGGAUCAUCUCCCUCGUCGCCAAUACAUUCUAGAGAUUGAAAGCCCCAGUGAAUUCCCAUUGUGGAUGCCGCCGCUCUGGCUAAACAGUCUAAAGGCAGCGGACUAUCCAAACAGUGGACUCUGGGCAUUCUGGAUGAAGAUGGAUUGACUAGUUGUCAGGAAUCGGCUGCUCCAUUGGCGAAGGGCUUUGUCAGUCACUACACUGUUACCACAGUCUGGGCCCCUGUCAUUGUCUCCUAAUUGCCUGCUCCAUGGAAAACACGGCCUCACCUUAGGCAAACCUUUUCACCGAACCCUUUUCACGGCGACUUGGCAAGCCAUUUAAGCCUUUAUCAAGUUCAGCAUACUUGUAUUGAAUGUCUCAGUAGUGGUGAAGAAAAUAGGUGAUGGUGAAAUUGUGCAUGAACAUUCUCCCUGGUUAAGGUGUGUGUGUGUAGAUAGCCCACACACGGACCGGUAUAUAGGCUACUGCUUCCACAUGCUUUGAUUAACUUAAUCGUAUGCGUUCGUCUGAUCAUGGUACAUGACAAUAUAACAUAUAGGUACAUAAUCCAAUGUGUGUGUCCUUGUGUCCCCAGAAUUCAGAAUACACCACAGGCCAGGUGUUUGACCUGUCUGAGAAGCUGGAGCAGUCGGAGGCUCAGCUGGGAAGAGGAAGCUUCAUGCUGGGCCUGGACACACACGACAGGAAGUCUGAGGACAAACUGGCCAAAGCUACACGAGACAGGUAAGGCAACACAAUAUAGAUCAUGUUUAUUUGGGCUUACUUAUUGAUUUGGCAUUCAGGCCCAGACCUCGGGCUAUUUAGUGAUUGAUUCAUAGCAUGACACUCUAAUAUUGUCAUGGUAAAUCGUUUUUUGACAUAGAACCAUACAUCACCGUAUGUUUUGUUUAGGCGGAGGUAUUGACUGACUGGAUACUUUUAAGUUAUACAAUAUCUGUAUUAUUACAAUAUGUUUUGUAACUAUUUUGAUCACACAUUAUUUGUGUGUAGAUGUGAUAGGAAUGAUUAGUUACUUUUUUAGCUGAUGGCAUGUCCUACCUACCUAUUCAAUGUCUGCUUAUUUAUACAAUAGUUGGGAUUUCUUGAGUUUCUCCCGUGAAUGCAACACCUAUCUGUUAAUUCAUCUGACCUGUCUGUUGAUGGAUAGGUCAUCUGUGUCACCUCUUCAUGUCCAGAGCGAAACGUAACUUUACUUUUUUCCCCUGGCUAUUCAAGCUGCAAGACAACCAUUGAGGCAAUCCAUGGUCUGAUGUCUCAAGUCAUCAAGGAUAAACUCUUCAAUCAAAUCAACACGUCUGCCAACUAAGCCCGAAACAGCCCAAGUGAAGUUCACCCCUCGUGUGUGUAUUACUGUGUAUGUUUAGCAUUUAGAUUAUUGUUAGCAGAAUGAUCUGUCACUUAUUAUCUGAGGAAAGUUUCUUAGUUUAAUUUCUUUAGUGUGAAUGAUUGAUCUCAACUUAUGUGUGUGCGUAAAUAAAUAGUGGUGUUACAGUGUAUCUACAUUCAAGUUUUCUUUCCUUGACUUCAUUUAAGUAUUCC